AGGGUUCUCUACGUCGUUUACCAUUCUACAUUGAGAUCCGGAUGGCUUCCGGUACAACGGUCAAGGUUGCCAACGUUUCCUCAUACGUCACAGAAGAACUGUUGAAGCAACUGUUUGAGAUAAUUGGAACAGUUCGUAAUUUCGACCUUCAUCCCAGCCCACACAAUGAUGGUUUACAAGAGUGUGAAGUGGAGUUUGGCGAUGCCACAUCUGCAAUUACAGCGUUACAUUUGACGGGUACCGAUCUUGGGGAUCGAACCCUCUUUGUCACAACUGGAGGGACGGACCUUCCAGCACCCAUAAAUGUACCUCCAACCGCAACCUCUGCAGAGCUCUUGGCUCGCAAUCCAAACAUAAAUCCAACCAUACUCCAUUUUGACCCGCAGAAAGCUGAAGAAAUUGCCCGGACGGUCUACGUGGGAAAUAUCAACUCAAAUGUGACUGAGGAGGAUGUCAGACAAUGCUUUGGUGGCUGUGGACCCAUUGCUCAUGUGAAAAUGGCUGGUGAUCCUGGGCAAGUGACCCGGUUUGCGUUCGUAGAGUUUAUUACUCAGGAAGGGGCAUCGGAGGCUUUGAAGCAGAACGGCAUAAUGCUUGGUGAUCGUGCAUUGAAAGUAAACCACUCAAAAAAUGCCAUAAAUAAGACGCCAAAAAAACUAGAGUCCUUUUCUGAUCCUGCAAUGAAACUUGUUGCAGAAGCUCAAGCAGCCAUUGCCAAAAAGUAUGGCAGCGAACGAGAUUCGGAAGAUAUGUCGGUUGAUGGGGACAGAGAUCGUCGAUCCAUGCACAGAAGAAGUCGAAGCCGGAGCCGAAGCAAGCCUUCGGAACGGUACCGACCGCGGCGUUCCCCGUCAUAUGAUCGGCGUAGAAGACGCUCCCGGUCACGGUCAUGGGACCGGCGUCGAAGAUCCCGUUCAAGAUCUCCACUCAGUCGGCGGCGAGCAUCCCGCACCCGAUCCCGGGAUCGUUCUCGAUACCAGUCAAGGGACCGCUCACCCGGUCGUUCGAGAGAUGAUCGCAAGCGAGAUGACUCUAGACUGGAUCGGAGUCGAAAGGAAAAAGACCGAAACCGCGAUAGGUCAGGUCGAGAGCGGGAUAAGAAUCGGGAUGGGGACAAACACAAGGAGCGAACCAAAGAUCGUGAGCGCAAGAAAGAUCGCGAUGGGGAAGGAAAGGAGAAGAGCGAAAAGUCAAAGAAGCGGGAUAAGGUAAAACCUGCCGAACGCGAUGAGCGGGAUGGAGAUGAGAAGAGUGAUAAAAGUAAUCGUAAAGAUGCUGUGGAAGGGGCGGUAGUAAGUGAGCCGUCACGGGAAAAAGAGACCCAAUAACAUGGCGACAUCUUGUUUUGGCGAGUGCGCCAGGGAAUGUGUUAUCUGCAAUUCUGGGCAGUGGCUUGUUGGUAAAUAUACUUAAUCAUGUGUAGUCGCGACACUUUUGAAUGUGAGAGACUGCAUUUCGGGGAUUGCAUGAUACCAUAGCCAUCCUUUGAUUCCAUUGUAGGAUGGAUCCUGCUGUGUAUUGAUAAACUGAAGCUGAUGCGCAAGAAAAGAGUUUAGUGUUUGUCAAGCAAGAUUACGAACGUGGAGCGCAUCAUGGCCAAAAUAGGGGAUUGCCUGAUAAACUGUUC